AGCUGUUGGCACACUUUGUCCUUAAUUGGAUUAAAAAAAAAAAUUAGGGAUCCAAUUUGAUGCGAAAAUUUUAAAGGGACCAAAUUUGAUUCCCUUUACAAUUAUAGGGACUAAUUGAACCUUUAAGCCUUUUUUUUAAUUAAAAAAAAAAUUUAUAUUUUUAAUUCCAACUCAAUUAUUUAAUCAGAUUUUUUUUUUACUAAAACUUAAUAAAAAAACCUAAUCUAAUAAUCCUUAACUAAACAAUCUAACUAAUCCCCUUUGAGACCCAUAAAAAAAAAUUGGGAUCUCUUGAGGUUUCUGAAUGAAAAAUCACUUCUGAGGUUUCAUUCACAACCAAGCCAAACAUGCCCUUAGGCUUUACCUCUCUCUGAGAUUUAUUUCAUUUCACCCACCGCAGAUCCAUGGCACCUGUCAUAAGCCUCACCACAUGUUAGCAAAACCCCUCCUCCUUCUUUAACCUUCUAGAACCAUUUCUCAGACAGAAACCUUAGCAGCUUCACUGUUUUCUGCAAAACAUCAUGCGAUUCAAACUCGGCAAGCGCGUGACCCGGCACAAAAUGGAUCUUCAAGAGGUUCAAUACCCGACCCGGAUAACACCGAUUGAAUCCAACCCCGGCGAGAAUCGGCAACGGAAGCACCAUGGCGAAGCUUCUCACGUGGGGUCGGAGGCUGACCAAAGGAGCAAAGUCACUCUGCGCGAGAAACGGGUCAGGUUACAUUCCGGUAGGAUCCGACCCGGAUCAGGGAAAGACUUGGCGGUGUACGUGGGGCAGAAAGACGGCGAGUUUCACCGCGUUCUGGUGUCGGUGGUGUACUGCAACCACCCUUUGUUCGGGGAUUUGUUGAGGGAAGCGGAGAGGGAGUACGGGUUUCACCACCCGGGUGGGAUCACGAUUCCUUGCCGGGUCACCGAGUUUGAACGCGUGAAGACCCGAAUUGAGUCCGGGUCGGGUGUCCGUGGCGGUUUGGUGCGGCGGCGAUGUUGUUGACCGUGGAUGGGUAUGUGGUGAUGUUGACGAAGAUAUAUAUGUUAGAGUUGAUGGCGACUGAGGAAUUCUUUUGGAUCUUUUGUUGUUUUUCUGGAUUAGAUUGUAGUUGGAUUAGAAUUUAGAACACCUUGUGUAAAUGGAAUUUUGGAUGUAAAGUAUGAAUAGAUAUUUCAUUUUCAACUUUUUCAAAAAAAAUAAAUAAUAAUCUAAAUAAUUUAUUAGUUA